AUCGACAAUAGCACUCUUCUUGCAACACCAUCUCCUCCUCCUUUCAUCUCAACGCGCAUCACACUUGCACACUAAGCUGCUGCAUCAAAGGCCCGAGACUGCCUGCCUCAUUCACACGACACUCGACACGACGACGGCAAGAUCCCCAUCUCCAAGAGACGACGCGACGACGCGACAUCUGCCCCCGACAACCCCCCGUCGUACCACCGGCGCGCCGCCGUCUUGACCUGCACCCAUCAUGACAGGCCAGUCCGCGUCCGGCCCAGUACGCCUACUCCUCCGUGCCCCGCCACAUCUCCACUUUGUCCAGGGGCAUCCGGGCAUCCCCGCCGGCGGCAACCGCGAGGGAGCCCGCAUAAAGGGCACUGUUGAGGUUCGCUUGGGCCAGGCGCCGGUCAAGGCCAAAUGGUUGCGCGUCGAGGUGCGCAAGUACGAGACGUCGCCGUCGGGCGCGCCAAGGACGUCGGCAUCGGGACAACCGUUCGAACACGUCGGCAAGGUCCACAUCUUGUGGAAGCCGGGCGCCGACAAGGAGUGGGAUAACCUCCAGCUGGCCGACUUUUCCUUCAUCAUCCCCCUGCCGACCGACAUACCCCCAAGCGUAAACUUCCCAAAGGGCGGCAGUGUGCGGUACGAGCUUGUCGCUGCGGUAUGCUACAAGGGAAAGGGCGGCCUGUUCAAGAAGGACCCAUCGACCCACUCGUCCGUGUCCGAGCCAUUGACAAUAACAAAGUAUGAGCUCGCGUCGGCAUGGCCAGCCUACAACGUCAACGAGGUCAAGUCCAUCUCGGUGCUGAACGGACAAGUUACGAUGACGGUUGAUCGACCGAGCCAGGCGUUUGGACCCGGCGACAGGAUCUUGCUCAACGCGUCGAUAAAGUCCAACCUGCCGACGCCGUUCCGUCUCAGGGGGUUCGAUAUGGGCCUGGUAGAAGUCCUGACCAUCUUCCCGCCGCCGAUGGACCCGGCCAAGGCAAAGAAGGGCAAGCCGCCCACCCCGCCGACGGUCAAGCGCCAGACGAUUGGCACAAGCCGCGCAAUCUGCAACAUCAUGGUCGCACAGGGCGGCGGCGACAAGGGCGCGUCCCUCGACCUCCAAAUCCCGACCGACAAGCCGCUUCUGACAGUGAGGAAUGCCCGCGAAUUCAAGGUCGAGUACGAGCUCGUUGUUGAGGCUGCUUGUGACGGUGCGCCGGGCAAGAUCCUGCUUCCUCCGCUCGAGUGUAUCGUCGGCACGUUUGCCAGAUCGUCUGCCCAGCAGGCCGUAAGGGACAUUGGCUUUGUCGAAGGCCUGUGUCCCCGCCCGCCACCUGUGGCCCACUCACAGGCAUUGUCCACCUCGUCGGUGCCGUCCAGCCCCUCAGCCAGCAGCCAGGUGGCCCAACUGUCCGAGGCGACGACCACGAGGGGACACCAAACCAGCGCGUCCCUGUCUGGCCUGGGAAGGCUGGGGCCACCAUCUGCACAGCCUGGCCUGGUGAGCGCACGAGACUUCCGUUUGUCCAUGCAGCAGGCACCAUCGCCGCAGCCAGGCGGCCAGUUUGCCUCGCGCCCGCCCCCCGGAACAGGGCCAGGUGACUUGUGGCGAAGGUCGUCCUCUGGUACCACGGCGACGACGACGACAACAGGGACAACUUUUAAUGCCACCACUCCUGGAUCCGACUUUGGACUGCCGAAUGACCGCCCAUACAACACCCUACCGGCGCACAACAACUAUCAGCGCGGCAACGUCGCCUUCCCAUCGCCUCAGCCGAACACCAACCGCCCCCAUUCGGCCUACUCCCAAGACUACAUGAACGGAGGGCACCGCUCGACAUCGCUGACGCGCAUCCCCGACGUCACGAUCGACGAGAGUGGAGAGGACGCGCUCAGUACUCGCGAGUCGACGUAUGGCCGAGUCGCCCAGUCUGACAUUGGCCACGGUCACCUCGAGACCCAGACAAACCGUCUCUCAGAUGCUGGCGGCACCUUUGGCCAGUGGAACGUAUCUGCGUACCAGAGUCUGCUUGACUCGGAGAUCCGAGGUGGUGCCUCUGGAUCCAGCCAGGCAUCACCUGCAAGGCUCGGUGCAGGAUUCCCAUCGGCUGCGAAUGAGAAGCAGCGACUGUACGAGGAGGCACUCGGAAGGGCGGCUUCUGCACAGCAAUCGCACGGCGCCACACUCUCCGAGAUUGGCCUCGAGGGCGCCGGUGCCCCGCCAGGCUACUUCCCUCCUACCCAGCGAGAACCCUCUCGCACGACAUCCCCAACAGUUUCCAUCGACUCUUCAGCCGCGACGUCUUCUGCAGCGCCACCAGUACCGCCACCAGCGUUGUCGCUUAGGAGCCCUGGUACGAUGAAGCCAGAGUAUCUUUCUGCCGCUCAGGAAAAGGAGCAGCAGCGACAGCGCUUUGAGGCUGCUUCAAACCGCGUGGGUGGAGGGUCCAGCAACAACGCUGGAACGUCGUCGCCCCUGCAGAACGGCACUCCCCAGCGAGUCUCCUCUCCCCUGGCCGCUUCGUCGAGUGGCGCCCCACAACUGGUGGACGAGCCGAUCCCCUACGACGAGAUCUAUGGCAGCUCUUCUGCCGGUCCGUCACAAGGUGCCAGGCCGCCCGUGCCAGCCCCCUACAAGUCGGCGACGCAAGAGAAGGACGAGAUGCGCACGCGGUACGAGCAGGCUCAGCAGCGUGUCGCGCACACGCAGGGCACAGCGUCUCCGCAGCAGAGCAGCCCUGCGGCAUCGAACAAUGGCCACGCUGGGGGCUCCAGCGCGGGACCGUCCAAUGGUCAUCCUCCUGCCGCGUACAUGUCGGCGGUGGAUGAGAAGGAGAUGAUGCGGAAGCGAUACGAGGACGCGACAAACCGCGUUACCGGUGCCGGGCGCCCGACGUCGGUUGCGGCUGGCCCUAGUACUGGCGGCAGUGCUGGUUCGUCGGCCGCGCUCGCCGCUGCCGCAGUGGGUGCUGCGGCCUUUGCCACGACUGCUGCUGCUGCUACUCCUCCUGUCGCUUCGACUCCACCUCCGCAGACCCCGGCGGCAUACAUGUCCGCUGAGGAAGAGAAGGAAAUGAUGCGCAAGCGUUUCGAGGAUGCCCAGUCGGCUGUCGCGCGUUCUCAAGGUGGAGGAGGAUCCGCUGGCCCUAGUGCUGGUUCGUCGACCUCCGCUGGCCCGUCCUGGGCGGCGCCUCCUUCUUCGCCACCACCCCCGCAAUCACCGCCCCCUGCGGCCUCACCUCCUCCUCUAGCUCCGUCGUACAUGUCUGCUGCCGAAGAGAAGGAAAUGAUGCGCCGCCGCUUCGAGGACGCCCAAUCUGCUGUGGCACGGACGCAGGGCGGAGCGUCGGCCAGUGGCAGUGCUGGCCCGUCGUCUUCGCCGGCCCCCGCUUGGUCGCCCGCACCCCCCGCUUCACCCCCCACGGCGUCGCCGCACAUGUCUGCGGCCGAGGAGAAGGAGAUGAUGCGCAAGCGCUUCGAGGACGCACAGUCGGCUGUUGCGCGCACACAGGGCGGAGGAUCCCCGGGCCCCAGGGCUGGGCCUUCCACAUCAGCGGGCCCGUCAUGGGCCGCACCUCCAUCGUCACCUACCCAGCCGGCAUCACCGCCUCCCAUUACGCCUGCGUACAUGUCCGCGGCGGAUGAGAAGGAGAUGAUGCGUCGGCGCUUCGAGGACGCGCAGUCGGCUGUGGCUCGGACGCAAGGCGGACCGCCACGCACCUCUGGGUCUCCCGCACCUGCUCGACCAACCUCGGUUGCACCAGGAUUCAUGUCCGCCACAGACGAGAAGGACAUUAUGCGCCGGCGCUACGAAGAGGCAACUGGUCGUGUUGCCAGUGGGUCGAAUGCCGCUGGAUCAAGCAGCGCUGCUGGCUCGUCGUCUGCCCCGCUUGCGCCCGCGUACAUGUCUGCUGCAGACGAGAAGGAGAUGAUGCGGAAGCGGUUCGACGAGGCUCAGUCGCGCGUCGCGCGUACACAGGGAUCGAUCUCCCUGUCACCUUCGUCGCCGCCGCUGACUACGGCUUCGUCGCCGUUCACCUCGCCUCUCGGUUCGGCCUUUGCACCCGCCUACCUCUCUGCUGAGGAGGAGAAGGACCAGAUGCGGCGGCGGUAUGAGCAGGCGACUGGCCGUGUCACCAGCGGCUCGAAUGGUGCCAGCUCGAGUAGCGGCGCCGGCUCGUCUGCCUCGGCGUUCAUGUCGGCUGCGGAUGAGAAGGAUAUGAUGAAGAAGCGGUACGAGGAGGCGCGGUCACGCGCCACUGGCGGAUCCAUCUCGUCUCCUCCGCCACUCUCGACGUCGCCCCCUCCCCUCAGUUAUGACGAGCUGAACCGGUCCGCGUCCCCCGUCAACUCUGGAAGGUACGCGUCGGGCUCGGCGCCUUGGGACGCCGGCCCGUCGUCGUCGGCGUCCGAGCCGUCCGACAUGCCGACGUUCAGACCCAUGUCGCCUGUCGCUGGUGAGACGCCGCUCAGCCUGGCGCGUCACGCGUCGGCAAUCGCGGCAAAGGGCAAGCAGCGUGCCAUGUCGACUCUGCCUGAUGGCCCGCCGCCGCCGGUGCCGUCUCGCCCGCCAAAGGAGUACACUACGUUGAUCUAG